UGAUAAAACUAUUAUAAAUUAUAUUGUGGUAUUAUUUUAUCAUUGUUUUGAUAUGCCUCUAUCAUUUAGAGUGGAGAAUUUAAGAAUUAAUUUUAUUUCCAAUUGAAGUUAGGAAAAUAUAUUUCAAUGUUUAAUUGUAUGAUAUGAUAUUUAUUUAUAUUAAUAUAAAAAAGUGAUAAAGUGUCAAUAAUGAAAAUUUAUAUAUUUUUACGAUAAAAAUUAAUAAAAUAUGAUAAUAAAAAGUUAUCUUAAUUAUAAGAUUUAUAAAUUUUCAAUAUAAUUUUUGUAUCAUAUUGUGCAUAUUUUUAUUUGGUAAAAUAGGUUAUAUUAAAAUAUUAAAUAUGACUGAAAAGCAAAAAGUGUUAAUUUGUGGAGAUGUUGAGGGACAUUUUAAAUUUUUAUUUAAUAAAAUCGAUGCUAUUAAUAAAAAAAGUGGACCUUUUGAUUUUUUAUUAUGUGUUGGAAAUUUUUUUGGUAAAAACAACACAGAACUUGACGAUUAUAAAAUUGGUAUAAAAAAUAUACCAGUUCCAACAUAUAUUAUUGGUGCUAAUAGACAAGCUGAUUUAAAUAAUUAUCCAGAGAUAGAUGGUUGUGAAAUAUGUCAAAAUCUUACUUACCUUGGAAAACGUGGAUUAUAUACUGCUAGUUCUGGACUUAAAAUAGCAUAUAUUGGUGGUAUAGAAAGUAAUUCUUCAGAAACAAAAUCUAUUUGUUUUGAUGAAAAUGAUGUUAUGUCGAUUAAGCAGGCUUGCUUAAAAGGUCAACCUAGUUUUCGUGGAAUUGACGUAUUGAUGAGCUCUCCUUGGCCAGCUGAUGUUACAAAUUUAGAUCCUAAUAAACCAAACUUUAAAUAUCAAGGAUCAAAAUUAAUUGCAUGGUUAGCUGCUCAAGUAAAACCAAGAUAUCAUGUAUCAGCAUUAGAAGGAAUUCAUUAUGAAAGACCUCCAUAUAGGAAUCAAAGUUUACAAGAAGGAAAUAUUGAAAUUGCAACAAGAUUUAUAGCACUUGCACCUGUAGUAAAUAAUCAAAAGAAGAAAUGGUUAUAUGCAUUGAAUCUAACUCCUGUUGAUAGAACUCGUUUAUCUGAUUUAAUUAUGAAAACUACAGAUGAAACAGAUACUCCAUAUCCUAAAUCAAUGUUAUCAAAUAAUCCAUCCUUACAAAAAUUGGAACAAUUAAAACAGACACAAUUUUUUUAUGAUAUGGAAUCUAAAGAAACAAGUAAAAGAUCAAAGUCUUCUGAAGGUUCAAAUAAAAGAUCAAAACCAGAAUUUGAUCAAGCAAAAUGUUGGUUUUGUUUGUCAAGUCCUGAAGUUUCUAAGCAUUUAGUAAUAUCAGUUGGUACAGAAGUUUAUGUUGCACUUGCUAGAGGUGGAUUAGUUGAAAAUCAUUUCUUAAUUUUACCAAUAACGCAUCACCAGAGCCUUUCUAUUUUACCAAAAGAAGUGAAAGAAGAAAUUGAAUUAUACAAAACUGCAAUAUCCAAGUAUUAUGCUACUAUGGAUAAAGUACCAGUAUUUUUUGAACGUAAUUUUAAAACAUCUCAUUGUCAAUUACAAGUUGUACCGGUUCAUAAAAAUCAAAUACCAGCUCUGAAAGAAACAUUUAUGGAAAUGGCAGAAUGUAAUAAUUUUAAAAUAUUAGAAUUGGCUCCACAUACUGAUUUGCAACAAAUUGCAAAACCAGGUGUUCUAUACUUUUAUGUAGAAUUACCAGGUAAAGAAAAAUUAUAUUAUAGAAUAAAAAAAGAUUUUCCACUUCAAUUUGGUAGAGAAGUGCUAGCUUCAGACAGAAUAUUAGAUCUUGAUGACCGAGCUGAUUGGAAAGAUUGUCAAAUGGAUGAAGAGGAAGAAAUUGAAUUAGCAAAACGAAUCAGAAGAGAAUUCCAACCAUUUGAUUUAGAUACUUAAAAAUAUAUAAAAAUUCAACAAAUUGAAUGCUUUUAAAUAUUAUAAUAUUUUUAGGAAUACAUGUAUAUAUGAAAUUUUUUGUAAAAUAUAUAGAUAUUAAUUUAUUAUUUUAUAAAAAUAAUAAAUAAAGAUAGAUAUUGUUCUUA